AAACCCCUCACCUAAAAAGAAAAAGCUUUAUAGAUGUACAGAAACUCUCUCGACAAGUCCGAAGUUUCGAAGAUGAGAAACAAGAACGGUAAAAGACUCAGAGUCGAGCCACCGGCGAGGACGACAGAGCCGGUGGUUGCUAAUCGGAGGUUUAGAGGAGGAUCGUCGUCAUCGAGCGACACGUCAUCAACGAUCAACUCGUGCUUGUCGACGAUGGAGGAAACGAAGGAGGAGGUUGCGUCGUCGUGGGUUGAGGAAUCGCCGGCGCUUGUGGCGGUGGGAUGUCGAAGAUGUAAAAUGUAUUUUUUGGUCAGGCAAGACAGGCAACGUUGCCUUAAGUGUAAAUGCUAUGAUGUGAUCAAGUUUUAGAUAAUUUGUUCUAAGGCUUUUAUGAUUUUCAUUUGGACUUUGUUUAGUAUUGGGGAAUUUCUCUCUGCGUGGUGAAUUUUUCUGUAUUGUAAAGUCCUAUUUAUAAAUCAAUUUAAGUAUUAACCUUUUCUUUUAUUAAAAUAAAAUGGAAAA